AUGGGUGGUAAUGGGAAUCUUACAAGCUUGACACUUCCCAUUCUCACUGAGAAUAAUCGGGAUCGAUGGGUUGUUCGGAUGAAGACCCUCUUUGGAUUCCAGGAUGUUCUUGAUGUGGUUGAGAAUGGUUUCUCAGUACCUGGAGACAAUGCUAGUGAAGCACGGAAGGCGACACACAAGGAGAUGAAGAAGAAGGACACUAAAGCACUAUUCUUGCUUCAGCAAUGUGUGGAUGAUCCCCACUUUGAGAAGAUCACGAAUGCUGAAACCUCCAAGGCAGCAUGGGAUAGUCUUCUCAAAAGUCAUGCUGGCGGAGAGAAGAUGAAGAAGGCAAAGCUUCAAACUCUUUGUAGACAAUUUGAACUUUUGCAAAUAAAGGAUUCUGGAAAGAUUAGUGAAUAUUUUACCAAAGUCUUGACUCUGACCAACCUUAUGAAAGGUUAUGGUGAAAUUGUGACUGAUCUAAUGAUUGUUGAAAAGAUAUUGAUAUCUCUAUCAUCAAUAUUCGAUUUUGUUGUGGCUCUCAUUGAAGAAUCCAAGGAGCUUUCUGACAUGAAGAUUGAAGAACUUCAAAGUUCUCUAGAGGCUCAUGAAAUGAGACUCAAUGAUAUAAAUCCUGGAAAGGGAGCGGAACAAGCACUGAAGUCAAGCCUUCAUAAGGAUAAUGAUAAAAAGAAAGGCAAGAAGUUGAUGGAUAAGAAAGAAAGCUACAAGGGAAGAUGGAAUCAAAAUCAGGACAAAGGUGAUUCAGACAAGGCUGAAUCCUUAGAAAGAAGAGAAGGCUUAGGAAAAAACUAUGGCAAGAAGAAGCAGUUUGAUAAAAGAAACAUUGAGUGCUUCAAUUGUUACAAGAAAGGGCAUUAUUCCUAUGAGUUUCCUGCUGGAAAGUCCAAGCAAAAGAAGCACAAGGAGAAGGAAGCUCAUGUAGCACAAGAGGACUCAGAUUCUGAUUCCUUGAUACUCAUGGCAACAACAAUUGAAAGGAUUGGUAGUUUCAGUCUAGAAUUGUGA